CGCUGGGGCCGGGAGCGGGGAGCGGUGGCGCGGAGGUGUCCUGGCGCCCGCGGCCGCGACUCGGAGCCGUGAGGUCGAGCCGACCGCAGCGGGAAGCCGGCGGAGCGGAGCGGCGGGAGCAGGAUGGCGGAGGCCGUCGGAGCCGUGGCACUGAUCGCCCCCCCGGCUCGCCGGCGCUGGCUGUGGUCGGUGCUGGCCGCGGUGCUCGGGCUGUUGACAGCGAGAAUAUCAGCCUUGGAGGUGCAUACCCCUAAAGAGAUCUUUGUGGUGAACGGGACACAGGGGAAGCUCACGUGCACAUUCGACUCUCCUAAUACGACUGGAUGGUUGACCAUUGUUUCCUGGAGCUUCCAGCCCGACGGCACUGACAGCGCUGUGUCGUUUUUCCACUACUCGCAAGGACAAGUCUACAUUGGAGAUUAUCCACCAUUUAAAGACCGAGUCACCUGGGCCGGGGACCUGGAGAAGAAAGAUGCAUCAAUCAAAAUAGAAAAUAUCCAGGCUGUUCACAAUGGCACCUAUAUCUGUGAUGUCAAAAACCCUCCUGACAUUGUUGUCCGGCCCGGGCACAUUAGGCUCCAUGUGGUGGAAAUAGGUACUUCCCAAGACAAUCUGUUGGUGUUCCUGGUCUGGGUGGUGGUGGGCACUGUUACUGCUGUGGUCCUGGGCCUCACUCUGCUCAUCAGCCUGGUCCUGGUUGUCCUCUACAGAAGGAAACACGCAAAGCGGGAUUAUACCGGCUGCAGUACUUCAGAGCGUUUGUCACCAGUUAAGCAGGCUCCACGGAAGUAUCCCUCCGACACAGAGGGGCUAGUAAAGAGUCCGCCUUCCGCCGGAUCUCACCAGGGCCCGGUCAUAUACGCACAGUUAGACCACUCUGGUGGACAUCACAGUGGCAAGAUCAAUAAGUCAGAGUCCGUGGUGUAUGCGGACAUCCGGAAAGACUAAGAGAACCCCCCAAACAUACCUUAAGCAAUGAAAGAAACGCAAAUUGGACUCUUGUGCAGAAGAUGCUCGUAACCACGCAUGGCCUUGAGGACUCAGGCAAGGACGAGCACAUGUCUACUCAGAGAGAAGGAAAAGUGUACAAAGGAUGUGUAUAUUCUAUUUAAUCUCCCUGAUGCGCAGGGCCGGUGUUGCAUGAUGAAGAAGUGGUAUGAGUCUAUGUAUGUAUAAAUUGUCUUACUGUUUCUGUAUAUUCUUGCAGAGAAGUUUCUAAGUGGGAAGUUUCAGAAACAUCCCUACCAUCCGGCGAUAACGGUUGCCUUCCUGGAGACUCCGCAGAACCGUUUAGUAUUUCCAGCAGACGUGGCCUUUUCAUCUAAGGGCUCAACCAGUCUUAGCAUUUCUCGAUUUCUUGUAGCUAGAGAAAGAUGUUCAGUGGAAGUGUGUUUCUCACGGUAUCAGAACCAUUUAUUCCAUGCUAGCUUAUAGACACUGUCCAUUAACCGUGCCACCUGAGGACAGUUUGGGAUGUUUUUGUUGUUGCUUUUCUAAAAUAGGAGGGGAUUCUCAGCUUUAGAUUGUCCUCGUCACCAGCUUUCUGUUACCUAAGCUCUCACCAGUGAGCUUUUGUCAGCGUGCACACAGCACAGCUGGCUGAGGCUGUGUUCCUGGUUAAAAGGGUACAAAUUACAGAGCCCAAGCAUGAUGUUAACGUCAGAGGAAGCCAGAAUUCUUUUUCUUCUUCCUAGCGACUUUUAUUCAUUUCUAUGAAUGAACGGCACAUUCCAGACACAGGUGCUGUGCCACCUCCUUGCAGUGCUGGGACCGUGGAUGUAUGUGAGACGCUCUGUGGGUUUUGCUCAGAUGGCAUCUCUUCUUGGCCAUCUACAGCUGGCUCCAUGACCUCCCUGCCCAGUCAGAGCCCAGUCCCCUGUCCCAAACCUGCUUUCUUCCCCAGGUAGAAGCAGUUAGCUGCCUGCAUCCUGGGACUAGGUCUGCAGCGUGGUUCUAGCUGCCUGCAGGACAGUGCACAGACCCCAUGUCCUAGCUCCACACACCCCCUCUCUGCAGUCCCCAGGCUCUUUCCUGACUACAGAUAACAGUGAGGUCACGUCCAGAAGGCAGAGCUGCCCUUCCCAGGUCUUCCGACUGGAAGAGUGAGGCCUAAAACUUCCGCGCGAAUUAUGACAGGACACCUAAAAGGGCCGGCUUACAGACGAAAAUUCUUGUCUGUGUUCCUCCUGGAAAUGCAUCCGGCUAGGGAGCGAUAUCAAGUUCAUUGUUACUUUCUGAUAUUUUCUUUUGUACUUCUGUGGAUAUUUUAAUACAUCUUUUUCAAUUUC